GUAAACUUCCGGCACUGUAGAACAUUCAACCUUUGCUGGUCAUUGAAAGUCUGCCAUUAAUUAAUCUUGUUAAAUCUUCCAAGAUCCGACUUCUUCAUUUUUUGCUAAUGUCGUACGACGGAGACGCGAAACCAUAAGAAGAACCAAACAUGGCUAUGCGCAACUUGUCGUUGGAACCUAAUGAUUCAGAUUUUGUUGGUUUAUGUUCAGUCCUUCUGCCUGAGAUCCAGAAAAUUGUGAAAGAUCGCAGAGUGUCGGAAGAUUCCCCAGUUCGGCCAUUUUUAGAAGAUAUAUUGCGCCAUGAUGGAACACUUCCCGUUCUCAGAGAACUUACUAAAGUCACAAAGUAUCCCUCAGUCAGGAGAGCACAUCCAGAUAGGAUACCAAGUACUAAUUUAUCUAGAGCGCUGGUUUCCACCUUCAACAAAAGCAUUGAAAAGGAUGAAAUAACUGCGCAAGACUAUGUACGCAAUAAACGAUUGAACAAUAAGAAUCAUUAUCCGGCGAUUCAAACAACCAACAGGCUUUCAUCCAGUUAUGUUGGUGCUACAAUAGUAGUGCCACCUCCAAGGCUAAUUCAAUCUGUUCCAAAAACGUCAAAAAAGCCAAUACCUAGUAUCUCGGAAAUUUUGCAAAUGCCCCCGCUGAAAGACCGAAGAGUUUAUUUUCUCAAAAGGCAUGAGACUUCAGACGUACCAUAUUUGGCACAAACUAAAUUCCCAGAAUUUAUUACCGUGGGAGAAGAGAAAUUCUUUCAGAUGUGUCCCUUUGCAGGUUUUGCAUUUGAUGUAAAGCGAAUCGGGAUAUUCUCAGAUCCUGGUGACAAGGCAAUAUAUGACCCUGAAUCAACCCGGAACAGAAAAUUAUGCAUUGGGAAAGCGAAGAUCAUCUACUUGGCUAACUUGAUAGACUCUACCUAUUUCCGUGAAAUACGAGGUUCUCAGUCCUCGUACGUUACAAGAAUACUUUGCGGAUGGAGUAUCGAAAAGAUAUGGUUGAACACGAGGACUUGGGUACUGUUUGUUGAUGGGAAAUCUUUCGAAGAGCGAAUUUCUUCUGCGGCGGAGUUGGAUGAAGUGUGUAUGCUUGGUAAUUUUCUGGGUGCAAACAAAGAAGCAACCGGUCUCCUAAGGAAGUGGUACCGUAAUCAUAAGUUGAAGGGCCAUCAUGGGAAUUCCUCAAUAACUGAUUUGAAUCACUUAUCAGGGGAGUCGAAUGCUUUGAGUUUUUGAAUUUAAUUUAGCCAUGCAAUUACUUUCAAACUCGAAAUCCUUAGCCCAGUCACCAACUCCAGAACACUGGAGUGACUGGACACCCUCUGCGCGUGUUCAUGAUAUUUUGAUCGACUAACGUUUGUUUUCCAACAGGUAAUUCUCUUGCGAAUAAGAGAGCUCUGCAAUCAGAUAUAUUGCCGGUAGAGGAGGAACAAAGUAAGAGACACCGUGGAAACGAUUAUGUUGCGGAUGACGUUCAAAACGUGACUUCAGACCUGGGAUGGCGACAUCGUGAUGAUUAAUCAAGGAGUGAUGGGUUUUGAUGGAGCGGAUGAUGCGGCCGCUUUGGGGGAGCUACUGAGCGUGGGGGUUCUAACUUUGGUCGUCCACGACUUCCUAGAUAAUUCAAGGAGGCAAGGAACACAUCAACUUAUCUUCAAAUAUUUCAAUAAGCUUGCUUGAUACUGAAAUAUAAUGAUUCAAGCUCUAGAGAUUCUAUUGCUAUCUCAAAAGAUGCAGUGUUAUCUGCUAGGCAUACUUGCGCUUAAAUCCAGUUCACGUAAAUGUCAAUCCUUAACCCGUUUCCACGAACAAUUUCUUAUCUCAACUAAUGUUUCAUUUUGGCCCCGAUUCUGCAUUUACAGAUAUCAGAGUUUGUACUCGCUUUACAUCGUUACAGACCUUCCUCAUACACAUUAUCGCUAUUCAUCCCGGGGUGUGACGUGACAGAAUCGCCCCGCAUUCAUGGGUAGGAUGCACAUCAAGGAUGUGUACCGUGAGCCAAUGUGAUGCUUCAUGAAUGCAGCCGUUGAUGUUGAAAUAAUGAUGUGAUAGCAAAAUUUAAGCACGCAACAUCGCAGACGCA